AGUUUGCUCAAGCGCCAUGCUCGUGCCCCGCACCUUCACCCGCCACGUGCCCCGUGCCCCGUGGGCACCUCGUGCGGGACGACCGUGGCGUGGAGUGGGCGCGCGUGGCAUGGCGAUGCGAAGAGGGGACUGGCGUCACAGCGCCGUUGCUGCAGCCAUCACGGCUCGUGCACUCACGCAGCGCAGCCAUGUUUUGCUCAGAGCCUCCUCCACUUCAGCCUCCAGCGAGGGGAUGGGCAGCUCAGCCUGCGUGGCGCUGCAAAAUGCCGGCUUGGAGGUGGAGUUGGUGCAGUGUUUGAGCGACAACUACUGCCCGAUCUUUCAUCACGCGGCCUCCAAUGUGACUUUCGUGAUGGACACGCCUGAGGCCUCAUCCAUCGCAGCUGCAUUGAAGAAGAAGGGCUGGACAUUGACACACAUCCUGAACACGCAUUACCACGAUGAUCAUGUGGGUGGGAACAUGGACCUCAAGGCUCAGUUUCCAGGUGUCCAGAUCGUAGGGCAUCGCAGCUCCGAAGGCGAGGCGAUCCCAGGCGUGGACCUCGAGGUGUGCGAGGGCGACGAGGUGCAGUGUGGCGCCCUUCGAGCCCGAGUGUUGGAAGUGGGCGGCCAUACCGCCAGCCACAUCGCAUACUUCUUUGAAGAGGUUCCCAUGGCCUUGACCGGCGAUUGCCUCUUCACGCUGGGCUGCAGCCGCGUCUUUACCGGUGACUUCGUGCGGAUGCAGGCCUCCUUGGGGAAGCUUCGUGCUUUGCCCGACGAGACCGUGGUGUUCUGCUCGCACGAGUACACCGCCGCGAAUGCGGACUUCGCUGUGAAGGUGGAGCCCCAGAAUGUAGCCUUACAAGCUAGACGAGAAGCGGUGCAGCGCCUCCGGUCCGCGCGGCAGGCCACGGUGCCCACGCUCUUGGGCUACGAGAAGGCGACGAACCCCUUCUUGCGGUGGGAUGUGCCUGCGGUGCAACAGGCCGCAGGUGGCCUGGCGGACGCCGCGCAGGUCUUCACGGCCAUCCGCCGUUGGAAGGACACUGGCAAUCCUCCAGCCGCCAGACUGUGAGCCACUGCACGUGUCGAAGGUGUCUUAGAUCCCAGCUGACUUGCCAGCAGCCAGCCGCUCCAGGAUCUUCUAGGAGUGUUUGUAG